AUGACAGCAAAAUUCGCUGCAGCUUUGACGGCCAUCGGUGUGGGUCGAGGCGAUUAUAUGGUGUCCAUUGGAAGUAAUUGUGCCCGAUCGUUGGGAAUAUUGCUUGCUGCUGCAUCCAUUGGGGCAGUCAUCGCCAACUUUGCAACGGAUAUUGGUGAAAAGGCAUUGAACGAUAGACUCGAGCAGCUUCGACCGAAGCUCAUCAUCGCCGAGACGGAAUACGCAUACAACGGAAAGGCUCACAACAUCGAAGACAAGAUUACCAUGUGCUAUCUGACAUCCUCCAAGAGGCAGUCAUGUGAACUCAUCACGAUCGGAACGGACACAAAUAUUGCAUGCCAGCACCGCAACUUCGUAGACUUCGACGCGCUCGGAGCCAACGCAAAGCUGAUAUUUGCCCAGCUUCCUUUCAACACCCCAUUCCUCAUAAUGUUCUCCUCCGGAACGACCGGUCCUUCAAAGGGCAUUGUCCAUGGCCACGGCGGUCUGGUCCUGAAUGGUGCCAAAGAAUUUCUCCUGCACCACGGGUUUGGCCCUCGGGAUCUCUAUAUCCACUUUAGCAACAUUGGCUGGACUCUGUGGAACAUUUCCAUCGGGGCAUUGUUCUGUCGUACACCUAUGAUUCUAUACGAUGGAUCACCUUUCUACCCCAACCCCGACACUCUCCUUCGCAAGUUAUUCUCGCACGGCAUAACAGGUUUCGGCGCGGGACCAAGAUAUUAUGCCGAACUUCAGAAGCACAACGUCCAAGUGAAAGACCACGCGACGAAGUUGCAUUCGAUCUACUCCACUGGUGCAGUCCUGACGUCCUCCCUAGCAACCUGGCUCAUCGAAUGCUUCGGCCCCAACAUCUGCCAAAUACAAUUCUCUGGCGGGACUGAACUCUGCGGGUCUUUCUUCUAUGGGACACGGUCUCUUCCCUCUUAUCCCGGCGAAUGUGCAGUCAAAGCCUUAGGAAUGGAUAUGGAUACCUUCGACCCAGCAGGACAGCCUGCCAAACCUGGUGAACGCGGAGAGCUGGUCUGCAAGAAACCUUUUCCGAACAUGCCGGUAAUGUUUUUGAAUGAUCCAGACAAGAAGAGAUACCAUGCGGCAUACUUUGAAGGAUUCGAACACGUCUGGACACAUGGAGAUUUCGUGAGAAUGAAUCCGGAAACUGGAGGAACGUACGUGCUGGGCAGGAGUGAUGGCGUGUUGAAUCCUAGCGGAAUAAGAUUCGGGAGCGCAGAAAUCUAUGCUGUACUGGAGAGCGAGGAAGUGAAGAGCAUUGGAAUAGUCGAUGCUUUGGUCGUGGGACAACAAAGAUCGGAUGGGAAAUAUCAGGACGACACAGAGAAGGUUUUGUUAUUCCUGAAGUGUACGGAAGAGGCACAAUCGGGGACAAUACAUUCAUCUGCGAAGGUGACGGAGGUUGUCACCAAGAAAAUCGCGAGCGAUCUGAGCAGAAGACAUGUUCCACAUUUCAUCUUCGAGAUGGACGAGAUUCCUUACAACGUCAAUGGCAAGAAGCUUGAAGUCCUGGUCAAGAAAGUUAUCAACGGUGGCCCAGAUACCCUCGCGAAGCUAAAGAUGACGGACGACGAGGCGAGGAUGAUGCAGAAGUAUGUUGCAUUCUACGAUAUCGACACAGUGGAGAGGACUCGAUCGAAGCUGUGA